AUGCGCGCCUUCAUCGUUAUGUGCCUGGUCGCAGUGGCCUGCGCCGAUAAGCUCGGCUACAACUAUCAGCCUGUUGGACACUCCGGCUCAGGAUUGUCGUUCACUCCUGGCAGCGGAAGUCUAAGCGGUGGUUCCCUGGGAGGACUUGCUGGCGAUUUGGAUUCCGGUCUUGGCGGUGGCAGCAUUGGCGGUGGCAGCAUUGGCGGCGGCAGCAUUGGCGGCGGCAGCAUUGGCGGCGGCAGCAUUGGCGGUGGCAGCAUUGGUGGUGGCAGCAUUGGUGGUGGCAGCAUUGGUGGUGGUUCCGGUCUUGGCGGUCUCGGUGGUCUCGGCAGCCUCGGCAACGGUGGCUUAUCCGGUGGCUCUCUGAACGCUCCAGUCUCUUACAACGCCCCUGCCCCAGCUGCUGAAUUGGAGAAGGAGUUCUUCACCUUCACCGCCAACGAGCAGGACUUCGACGAGCCCCAAUCUUUGGACAAGGUUUCCAGCUCUCUGAACAAGGCUCUGCGUGUUGUCUUCAUCAAGGGACCUGAGAACCGUGGUCUGGAGAACGCUGCUCUCGCUUUGGCCAAGCAGGCUGCCCAGCAGGAGACCGCCAUCUAUGUCCUGAACAAGCAGGCCGAUAUCGGUGAUCUGGCCAACAAACUGAACUCCAUUCGCAGCAACACUAACAACAAGCCCGAGGUGCACUUCGUCAAGUACCGCACCCCUGAGGAUGCUGCCAACGCUCAGCGCGCCAUUCAAGGACAGUACGAUCAGUUGGGCGGCUCUUCUCAGUCGCAUGAUGGUGGUGUUGCUCCCGCCUUGAACUUUGCUUCCCAGGCUCCAGCUCGUCAGGUAAACGCCCAGGCUCCCGAGAAUUCGUACCUGCCCACAUCUAUCUUCCGUCGCUUGUAA